AUGGCUCGUAUCAACCAACGCCCAUCCGAGACAGCUGCCAAUCCCUCGUCCAACUCAUCUGCCGCGACUGCGACUGCAACUGCGCAACCCGCCCCUCCGUCCUCGCCAACUCCCUCGUCGGAUAAAGAGAACCACUCCACCUCAGCUCCUCGCGACAAAGGAAAGGGUCGCAUGCAGUCCGACUCCACAACUUCUCACUCUGCAAAGAGAAGGAGAACUCAGCCUCCUACGAAUGCCUCCGCCGCACAGGAUCAAGAACAUGACGAAUCUCGCUUCUACGACCCCGCCCAGGACCAGCAUGAGCGUCAGGAGAUAAAGAAGAAGUCUCGCGCUCUAGAGCGUGAAUUCAACGAGAACAAGGAUGUCUAUCUCAGGGACGGCACGCGCCUCGAGUCCGUCAUUGACCGCGCAAACAAAGUCUUUGGCCGUGUCAAGCAGACCGCUGAUGCCACCGUCGAUUCUCGCUUGCUCGUCAACAUCUCCGACAUGGCCCUGAAGGCUUCUGCCCAGCUCACCCUUGGCGACAACUCGACCGGUCUUGACAUUGACGAAUUCGUGUCAAAGUGCAUCCACUUCAUGAAGAAUGCUCAUGCCAAUCCCUCCACCGCCUCGACCGAACGCCGCAGACAACGUCAAUCGCGUCGAGAUCAUGACGACGACGAUGAAGACCAAGAUGCCGACCAUGUCCUCGAUUGGGCCCAUCUGGGCUCGCAAGCUUGUUUUCCCUACAAUCUGCGACCGCCAGCUCCAUCUUUUCUACUUGGUCCUCUCUCGGUUCAGAAAAAGCUUCGCGCCCAGACACAGCGACGUGUCCGCCAACGCAAAGACUCUACAGUCAAGGAAGUUCGCCCCGAAGCUCUGACUGAGCGUGAUCUCCAGACAAACGAAAACAAUGCCUUGACCACUCUGUGCCAAAACAUCAAGGUAAUUCUGGACAAUCAUUGCGUAACCGCCACCAACGCUAUCGAAUCGCUUGGCGAUCUUGACGAUGAUCAAGCGUUAGCAGAGAUGAAGCGAAAUCGCAUAUCUCCAACUGGUGGUCCGAGUCUGUUUGAUUUUGCAAUCAACCCUCACAGCUUUGGCCAGACCGUGGAGAACUUGUUCUACAUCAGCUUCUUGAUCAAAGAAGGCAACGUCGGCCUGCAGAUGGAUGACGAUGGUCUGCCCACUUUAUUACCUGCCACGCCUCAAACCGUAGCACAACAGCGCGAGAAAAGUUCAAUGCGACAUCAAGCUGUCUUCAGCAUCGACUACAGCACCUGGCAGCGCUUGAUACAGGCCUUCAAGAUCAGCGAGCCCCUUAUCCCCCAUCGCGGAACUGGUGGAGGCGGAGGGGCCAUCGGUGCUCGUGGCUGGUACAAUGGUUGA